AUGAUUGAUCAUACGGUGCCAAAGUACAUAUUCAUCCGGACGUGCAUCCUGGGGUUACGCGCUAUCACGCCUUUCAGCAUAUUCUGGGUUUCCUUCAGUAUCGCCGAGCCUCCCCAUACGGCCUUUCGUCGAUUUUUGCUAACAUGGAGCGCCAUCGAGACGGCAUUUUGGCUCCUUGUGUACAUACCCCGCAAGCGCACGCUUCAGGCAUCAGCACAACAUCCCCCGCUACUCCCACAGGAAGACAGGAAGGAACUUUUCUGGCGAUGCUGGGAUAAGAUUCCUCACCCAGAAUAUUACAUCAGUAGAUGGUUUCUGGGCGCCAGGCCUGGAGAGGUGCGACGAGAGAAUGUGCGCGAGUUUUUUGCAUGGGCGCUAUUAAAUCGCGGUACCGAAAGCGAUGAUGAGCGCAUGAAGAGGAGGCAGGCGCAACCGGAGCAGAGCCAUUCAGAAGACGACGAACUGAAUGAGUAUGCUGAUGGUAUUGAAACGAUGCUGGGGCGAAAGUUAGCGCCUGGAAUGGGCAGCGCAAAGAGCCUGCGCUUGACUAUUGACCAGGUGAACAUGGCUCACCGACCGUUUCUGUGGUACAUGAUUGUAAUGCUUGUCGACACCAUCACAGCUGUUCGCCUGCGCUAUGCUGGCUUCAUGCACUUUCGCACCCAUAUCCGCAACACGUUGGCUGUCUUUCCGCCUCGCCUGGCAAGUCUCACUACACGUAACAUUUCGCCCGCUCGAAACCUGAGCUACUGGUACAAGCCACAUACCUCGAGAACACGCUUACCUAUCCUCUUUAUCCACGGAAUUGGUAUCGGCCUACACCCAUAUGUCGAGUUCUUGACCGAGAUCAAUAAACACGAUCCACUUGCAGCUGAGGAUGGUCAAGUCGGUGUUAUCGCGAUUGAACUCAUGCCCAUUAGCUUCCGCAUCACUGAAACUAUGCCUGGCAGAGAUGAGAUGUGCCGUCAGAUUGACAUGAUCCUGGAGCGCCAUGGCUUCGACAAAGUAGUCCUUGCUAGCCAUUCCUACGGCUCUGUGAUCUCCACGCAUCUCAUUCAAAACCCUACCACCGCUGCAAAAGUUGGGCCCAUGGUCUUUAUCGACCCGGUUACUUUCCUUCUACACCUUCCAGACGUUGCAUACAACUUUACAGCGCGUCAUCCGCGAGGUGCAAACGAACACCAGCUGUACUACUUUGCGUCAACCGAUAUGAUGGUCGCACAUACGUUAGCGCGGCACUUUUUCUGGGCACAGAAUAUUCUUUGGAAAGAGGAUUUACGAGGUCGGGAUGUGACUGUGAGCCUUGGUGGACGGGAUCUUAUUGUCGACACGCAGACUGUUGGCAAGUAUUUGAACAACGCCGAUCUCAAGAGCGAGGAUUAUAGUUGGAAAGACUCUGAAUGGAAAGGCCAUGGUAUGGAAACUAUAUGGUGGCCUACAGUGGACCAUGCACAGGUAUUCGAAAGAAAAGACGGGAGAGCAAAGCUUGUGCAGGUGUUGAGGGAAUAUGUGAAGCACAAGGCCGGCGAGGAGGACAAUGAGGAGGAGUAUCCCUGA